GCCAACUUAGUGAAUAGGGAAAUGGGAUGCUUCAGCGCUUCACUUACACCAAGCAAGCCCUAUCCGAGAUCUUCGGUGACAACUAAAGCCAGGUGCUAACUAACCGUUGGAUUGAAGGGAUAUUAGCUAGAUGGACGAAGAAGGCGAGUUUUUGGAGCGGAGGAAUUCGUCGGUUCAUUGGCCGUCCAGGAGAAAAGGUUAGUCCGUGGUAUGGUGUCAAAUGACAACCUCUUUCGAGCGCAUGUGGGGAGUUGGUUGGUAGCAUACCGCGCAUAGCACCUCCCGCCUGGGAUUGUCGGCCACAUCAAAGGUCGUGCCGCAAAAGUGCAAACUCGAAUCUGACUACAACUGUUCGGACAAGUAAUGGCGCAUAGGAGAGGAUGGCUAAGACGAGGUUUGUAUCUCUGGCCAGCUAGCUAGCAGUGUGCGGCAGAUUGAUAGUGUACAGCAUCAGACCAACGCCGCGUAAAACUAACUAGCGGAUGUCGGCGUCGAAACGCGGAGGAUGCCGCGACUCUAAUUGAUGCCCACCCUGUUACACUUGAGGGUAUUCACGGACAUUUUGUCCGCGCCACUGCAGAUCCGAAGAUGCCGCUAGCCCAGGCCCAUCCCUUCGAGCCGAUGCCCGUCACCCACGAGGAAGAAAUGCAAGAGGGAGACGUGGAGUCCACUAAUGGAAGCGGUGGGCCAGGAGACAAGUCCUCUGAGGUAGCCAUGGUGGCAAUAAUGUGAACUGGGUAGCCAUAACAGACUUGCACGCACGACUACACUCCCCAUUACAAGAACGAGAAUUGAGCCAGGUCCAUUUCGUACAUGGACGUUAAUGGAGGUCGUGUGUAUCCAGUCGCAAACGAUUGCCUUCUUACCCUGUCACCUUACAACACUACAUCUAUCGUGACUAUCUGUAGCCUGUCUCUUUCUAAAGACCAUCAGAUAAUUAUCGUCUAGUUCACUCGCUCGGUAUAGGUAUUGCAAUGAUGUAAUGAUGAUGUCACUUUUACAGGAGCACGAGACCGAGUACAGCUUGGCUCAGAUAGUGGAAGAGUGUGGGAGCAUUAAGAAGGCGGACCCGACACAGUUUGAACUGCUCAAGGUUCUUGGUCAAGGCUCCUUUGGAAAGGUCUUUUUAGUCAGGAAGGCAGUUGGAAAAGACGUAGGGAAACUAUAUGCUAUGAAAGUCCUUAAAAAGGCAUCUCUAAAAGUUCGUGACCGACUACGGACAAAAAUGGAGAGAGACAUUUUAGCGGAAAUGAGGCACCCUUUUAUAGUUACCCUAGAAUAUGCGUUCCAGACGGAGGGUAAACUCUACCUGGUCCUAGAGUUCCUCCGAGGAGGUGACCUCUUCACGCGACUCUCGAAAGAGGUGAUGUUCACGGAGGACGAUGUGAAGUUUUAUCUGGCGGAGUUGGCCCUGGCUCUCGAUCACUUGCACACCGUUGGCAUUGUAUACCGGGACCUCAAGCCUGAAAACAUAUUGCUGGACUCUGAAGGGCAUAUCAAACUUACUGACUUUGGCCUCAGUAAGGAGGCAGUAGAGGACAAGAAGACAUUCUCAUUCUGUGGUACUGUCGAGUACAUGGCCCCCGAGGUCGUCAAUAGGAAAGGUCACGGAACCACGGCCGACUGGUGGUCAUUUGGAGUCCUCAUGUACGAGAUGUUGACAGGCUCUCUGCCGUUUCAAGGGGAAAAUAGAAAAGCCACAAUGACAAUGAUCUUGAAAGCUAAACUUGGCAUGCCGCAGUUCCUAUCACCAGAGGCACAGAGCCUCCUGCGAGUACUGUUUAAGAGAAACCCGCAAAACCGGUUGGGAAACGGGCAAAACGGGAUCGAGAACGUCAAAGCCCACGCCUUCUUCAAGACCAUUGAUUGGGAGAAACUUGUUGGUAGAGAGGUGCCUCCUCCGUUCAAGCCAGCCUGCGGUCGUGCCGACGACGCUUAUUACUUUGACACCGAGUUCACCUCAAGAACACCGAAAGACUCGCCGGCAGUUCCGGUCAGCGCCACGUCCAAGGAGCUGUUCAGGGGAUUCAGUUACAUUGCCCCUACCCUUGACGAGGAAGAGAAGAAGCCAGCUGUCCCUCCCCGCGUUCUUGGUCCAUCGUCCACACUCCAUCUCUCAACUCUGGGGUCCCCGCUACCAGUUAACACAGGCGCAAUACAGGACGACUAUGAGAUUUGUGAAGAUACGGUCGGCUACGGGUCUUACUCCGUCUGCAAGAGAUGCGUCCAUAGAGCCACUGGCCAAGACUGUGCCGUAAAGAUCAUUGACAAGGCCAAGUCAAAUAGAGAUGUGGAUGAAGAGAUCGAGAUUUUGCUUCGCUACGGACAACACCCCAACAUCAUCAAGCUCAAAGAGGUGUACGACGACGGGUACAAGGUGUACAUGGUGAUGGAGAUGAUGAAAGGUGGAGAACUUCUCGACAGAAUCCUACAACAGACUUACUUCUCCGAAAGAGAAGCCGCGAGCAUCGUUUACGUUCUCGCAACCACGAUCAACUACCUGCACAAACAAGGAGUGGUGCACCGGGAUUUGAAGCCGGCCAAUCUGUUGUACGCCAGUCCUGCGUGCAAGCCCGAGAGUCUGAGGAUUGCCGACUUUGGCUUUGCCAAGCAGCUGCGGGCAGAGAACGGGCUGCUCAUGACCCCCUGCUACACCGCUAAUUUCGUGGCCCCAGAGGUUUUGAAGAAGCAAGGAUAUGAUGCUGCCAUUGACAUUUGGAGUCUCGGAGUUCUCCUGUAUACUAUGCUUGCCGGCUCCACCCCCUUUGCGACGGGUCCCGAGGACACGGCGGAGGACAUCCUGGCGAGGAUCGGUGAGGGGAAGAUCUCUCUCACUGGAGGCAACUGGAACUCCAUCUCCUCUGCCGCCAAGGACCUGGUCCUGAGGAUGCUCCACGUGGACCCUAUGCAGCGAUACACUGCGGCUCAGGUCCUGCAGCACCAGUGGGUGACCUCCCGCUCCUCUCUUCCCGACUCCAAACUCUCCAUCAAAGACACCAAGAUCAAGGGAGCCAUGAAGGCGACGUUUGAUGCCCUCUCCCGUCCUCCGACCGCCACCCUAGACCCCGUCGACAACUCAACACUAGCCCAGCGACGCCUGAACAAGAGGAGCUCCAAUUCCUGAUCGAAACUCACCCCACCUUUAAUCACACGUCCACUUUUCUCAGGGACACCCCCAAUAUUAUAUAUAUAUAUACUUCUACCAACACUGUUGUUAUAGAAACAUGUAUAUACACGCACUAAUGCACAUAAACCCUUUUGCCUUGUUGUUUUUGAGGCUUCUGCUACUGUUAUUUUGCGUUGCAAGAAGCCCAUUUUGUAUCACUCUGUCGUCCUCUAAUCAUAAGUUAAGUUAUAUUAUUUUGCAUCAGUUCUGAAAUGAUAGCUAUUUAUUGUGAGUUUGGUAUUCUACGUGCGUGCAGAAAAUCGUGUCGCGCGUGCGUUCCGAUAUUAAACGCAUGCGCGAUAUUUUUACGCAUACAUGUGGGGCAACCCACCGGCCGUCUUGCGUGUGUGUCCGUGUGGUCGUAGCAUGAGCAACAGUAGCGACACUUCUAGUCCGGUUGUGUCUAGCCACGUGUCUCUCUGCGACGAGGGGGAAGACGGGGCCGCAGAAGACGACGGUUCGUGGGCGAAAAACGGCGCUGGAGACGCGAUGUUGGAACAGCUGAAAGUCUUGGAGCCUAGCGACCGAGUGAGGGAGCUGCAGACCAUCCUCAGAGAUAGCACUACGUCAAGGGGCGAUUUCAUCUUCUACGCCGAUAGACUGAUAAGAGUGAUGGUAGAGGAAGGAUUGAACUGCCUUCCGUCUUACAAACGAACGGUUAUUACACCAACUGGUCAUGAAUAUGAAGGAGAAUGGUUUGAGAAGUGGAACUGUGCAGUUAGUAUCCUGCGCAGUGGUGAAGCCAUGGAAAAGGGGCUCCGGGAGUGCUGCCGUUCCAUGCGGAUUGGGAAGAUUCUCAUACGCAGAGACCAGGACACCAAAUUACCACGAGUGUACUAUGCCAAGUUUCCACCACAAGUUGACAAGAGACAGAUACUGCUGCUUCAUCCUGUGUUAGAAUCUGGCGCCACAGCCAAAGAAGCUCUAAACAUCCUCAAAGAACACGGCGUCAGAGAAGAGAAGAUUCACAUCAUUUCUCUCUUCGCAACACCCCGCGGAGUACACAAACUACUCAAGGACUAUCCCAAAAUCACGAUACUGACGUCAGAGGUGCACCCGUGUUCCCCCUCCCACUUCGGAAUGACCUACUUUGGCUCCGACUAAACACACUGCGCAGAGAGUCUGAGCAGUUUUUGAAUUUGAAUCACGACCAAUGAGACUGUCUUGUAUAAAUAGACCGACAUGUUUGGCAUUCGAUCUUUGUUCAUUAAACACUUUAUUAUGGAGUGUGGAUUCAGCAUAAAUAUUUGCUGUCGACAUCUGCGUCCCAUGAAAAUUUUACCUCAAGUAUUAUUAACCCCAAUGAACCCUGCCAAAGUUAAUGGAGUAGAGACAUGAUUGGAGUCCCACAAGGUCAUGAAUAUCAUUACACUGCCCCCCCAUCGGUCAGACGGACUGCUGUGACAGGGAAUGAACGGAAUCCACAAACACCUUCAGAUGCUCGGGAUCCAUGUCUGGAUAGAUCCCGUGACCGAGGUUUGCAAUCCAGCUCUGCCGUCCAAACCCUCUCACCAUCUCCUGCACCCUUCCCACUAUGUCUUCCUUUGAACCAUAUAGUGCACAAGGGUCGAGGUUGCCUUGGAGACAGACUCCACCCCCAACAGCUCGUCUGGCUUCGCUGGGGUCGUGGGUCCAGUCAAUUCCGACGACAUCAUACCCGCUGGAUCCGAGAUCGGGCAGAGCGUAGUGAGCUCCUUUGGCAAAGACAAUCAAUGGAACAUUGGGCAGUCCACUCUGUUGCAGUCGCUCCCUCAGUUUAUUGGCAAUUUGUGUCAAGUAGAGGAGAGAAAAUUCCUCAAACUGCUUCGUACCAAGUAUACCAGCAUGAGAUUCAAACACCUGCAAAGCCUGAGCCCCGGCUUUGACCUGUCCCUCCAGAUACUCCACGCAGACGUCGGUAAUGGCCUGCAGCAGCUGGUGACUGGCGUCCUUGUGUCGGUAGAGCCAAGCCUUCGCCCUGCUGAUGGUGUUGCUACCCCCACCCUCUAUCAUGUAGGACAUGAGCGUCCAUGGAGCGCCACAGAAGCCAAUGAGAGGCACUUUCCCCUCCAGUCUCCGUCUGGUGAGGGAGAUUGCGGAGAAGACAUAGCCCAGCUCUUUGUCGACAUCC